AUCUACACACAAAAUCUAAACAUCUGUAUAUCUAUAUAUAAUUGUUCUCUCAAUCUGCCUGCUUUCUUCAAGGCCAUAAAAAGAUUCAAUCUUGAAGAAUCUUUCUUAUCUUACAGGCCUUGGAUUCUGCGGGCAGCUCACCAAGCUUGUUUCUUCAUUGCCCAUCACCUAUAUUUGUGAAUAGAAUCAAAUAAAUUAUAUACAUGCUUUUGAUUUUCUGAGUUUUUGUUGAUUUCUUUCUUGGGGGUAAUUUAUAAAGCUGAAAUCUUGAGUGACCCAGUUGUCGAAUUCUCAUGGGGUUUCUCUCAAAUCCUCAAAGACGUAGCAAAAAUGGAGGAGGAGAAAAGGGUUUAUUUGGGUUUCAAAGUUUGAUCAGAAGAAAACAGGUUGACUCUAUUCAUUCCAAGUCUUCUUCUAAUGGUGAUCAUCAAUUAGCUAAGGAGUUAUCUAUUGCUCACCUUAUUGCCAUUGGUGUUGGUUCGACUAUUGGAGCCGGUGUUUAUAUUUUAGUUGGAACAGUUGCUAGAGAGCAUGCCGGGCCAGCUCUAGCUCUAUCCUUCUUGAUUGCUGGAAUAGCAGCUGCUCUUUCUGCUUUCUGCUAUGCAGAGCUUGCAAGUCGAUGUCCAUCUGCUGGCAGUGCCUAUCAUUAUUCUUAUAUAUGCGUGGGAGAAGGUCUUGCUUGGAUAAUUGGGUGGGCUCUCAUAUUGGAAUAUACAAUUGGUGGUUCUGCAGUUGCUCGUGGAAUCUCCCCAAAUCUGGCCUUGCUUUUCGGGAAUGCAGACAGCUUGCCAGCUUUUCUAUCCCGCCACCAUAUUCCUGGGCUUGAUGUAGUGGUGGACCCAUGUGCAGCAAUUCUAGUUUUUGUUGUCACUGCACUUUUGUGUGUGGGAAUCAAAGAGAGUACAUUAGUACAAUCUGUUGUCACAGUAGCAAAUAUAUGUGCCAUGAUCUUUGUCAUUAUAGCUGGUGGAUAUCUGGGUUUCAAGACUGAUUGGCCUGGUUAUGAACUUCCUGUUGGGUAUUUUCCCUUUGGAGUAGAUGGAAUGCUUGCUGGGGCUUCAACUGUUUUCUUUGCUUACAUUGGGUUUGAUUCAGUUGCCAGUACAGCUGAAGAGGUGAAGAAUCCUCAAAGAGAUUUACCUCUAGGUAUCGGGGCUGCAUUAUCUAUCUGCUGCACAUUAUAUAUGUUGGUCUCUGCUGUCAUUGUCGGUCUCGUUCCCUACUAUGCCAUGGAUCCUGAUACCCCCAUCUCCUCGGCCUUUUCUAGUCAUGGACUUCAGUGGGCAUCAUAUAUUAUAACUUUGGGAGCUUGUACUGCUCUCUGCUCGACAUUGAUGGGUUCACUUCUUCCUCAGCCACGAAUUCUGAUGGCAAUGGCUAGAGAUGGAUUAUUGCCAUCGUUCUUUUCAGAGGUUAACAAACGCACACAAGUGCCUGUCAAGAGUACUAUAUUAACUGGUGUAAUAGCUGCAACCUUGUCAUUCUUCAUGGAUGUUGAGCAGUUGGCAGGAAUGGUCAGUGUUGGUACACUUCUUGCUUUCACAAUGGUAGCUGUUUCAGUAUUGAUCCUUCGAUAUGUCCCACCGAAUGAAGUUCCACUUCCAUCAUCACUUCAGGAAGCUAUUGACUUAGUUUCAUUGCGAUAUGAUAGUAUUCCGCAGGAAAUUGAUGCGGGGAUCACUAAAGAUCAGGUCAGAAUACUUGGUGAAGAUAGUCCGCUUAUACAUGGAACAGUGGCGGCACCAGCUGACCAUCCUCUUAUAGAAAAAGUAAUGUCUCAAGUCAUUAUAAGUGAAAAGAAUAGGAGGAAAAUUGCAGGAUGGACAAUAUUGCUUACAUGUGUUGGAGCACUUGUCCUUACAUCCGCUGCUUCGAGUGUACAAUUACCCAGUUAUCUGCGACUGACUCUAUGUGGCAUCGGUGGCAUCCUUCUCUUAAGUGGGCUGGCAGUGCUGAGCAUUAUCAGCCAAGAUGAAGGGAGACAUACUUUUGGUCACACAGGAGGGUUUAUAUGUCCGUUUGUUCCUCUUCUGCCUAUUGCGUGCAUUCUUAUUAAUGUCUAUUUGCUGAUCAAUCUUGGUGCUGCUACUUGGAUCCGUGUAUCAGUAUGGCUUGCUAUUGGAGUAUUAGUUUACGCUUUCUAUGGUCGCACCCACAGCUCAUUGCAGCAUGCCGUUUAUGUUCCUGCAGUACAUGUCGAUGAAAUUUAUCGUAGUUCUGCCGGCACCUCGGUUUAGUGAAUGCAACUUCCUGCCUUAUACGAGAGGUCCAGGUUAUCCGGGGCGUAUCAUAAAAAUUGUUGUACACUCCACAUCUCAGUAAUUCCUUUUAUCUUCACCUGUAAUCUGUAAUAUAUUAGUUAAAAUCUAUUGUCUGCAACAUGGUUCUGCUCUGGCAGAGAACAGAAGAAGAAUGUAUAGAGGAAAUGGAUGAAAACAAAGCAAGGUGUUCACUUAAUUGUGCCCCUUCUGCACCAAAACCACUUCACAUGGGGCAGUAAUGUAAGCAAGCUUGUACAGAAUAGUGAUGUUCAUAUUGAAUACAAUAGCAUUUGUUGGUGGCUAUCAGCUCUUCCGUCUGUACGUACACUCUAAUAUUUUAAAUGACAAAUCUCUGAAAUUUUGUUUUA